AUGCUCACCUCGGCCAACCGCCGAAUCACCGUCCAGAUCCCCGACGAUAGUCCGCCUCGCGACUUGUCCAGGUCCGACACCCUCGUCAGCACGUCGUCCUCCUACUAUCCUCCCCAGUCCGCCAUUGACAAGAGUCCCGAGUCCUUGCUGGGUUCUCAGACACCGUCGCAACGGAAACCGCUCCAGCGACCUCCAAUCAACCUAUCUCUUCGCCGACGCCCGCCCCCGCAGCCUCUGGAGACCACGAAGCUCGAAACCGUGGCUCAGGAACGCCGUUCUUGGGACCCGUUCGAGGAACAGGAAAAGCCACACACACAGCCCGAGGCGGCCGAUCAGAAGCCCACGUCUGCGGGUCUCCAGAUCAACAUCCAGCUGGAAAAACCGUACAUCGACCUCAUAAGCUCGGUCUCGUCGUCGCCAGAAGCGUCCCCGUCCCAGUCUCACGAGCAGGAAUCGGAGACCCCCACGCAAGAGCUUUUUUCAGGCAAGCUUCGUGCCGAGCAAUUAUUCAGUUACGAGCCAGCAGACACCGAAGCACAGCCACAGCAGCCGUCAGAGCCGGACAACGAGCUGUACUUCUCGCCGCCGUCGUACAACUUCCAGAACCAGUCGUCCGAGUCCGACCAGUACUUCGACGUGCACGAGACUCGCUCGGAGAUCAGCACAGACGAGUCCAUCAACGACGAGCUGUAUCCUACCGAGCCGCGCAAUACAACGUUGCGCGUGCAGAACGCCGACUCCGAGAGCACAGAAUACAAUGUCAGCGAGAGCUCCGGCCCUCUGUACCGCCAGCAAUCGAUCGACUCCAAGCCCAGAACCACACAGAUUAUACAAGACGACGACGACGACGACGAUUCCGGAGUCAGCUUCAUAGCCAAGCCGCUGAAUUACACGCACUUCGACGUGGACGAAAAACAGCCGCAGCAGAAGAUGGUGGUGACCAACCCGUCGCUCGAGGAGUCGCCGCCGCUCUCGACCUAUGACCGGCGCGAGACCCCGACAGUGGUUCCUCUUUCGCACUCCAACGUGGUGCAGCCCGCGCAGCCGGUCUCCGGAGCCGUCCAGGCGAAGAAGAGACCGCCUCCCGACAACCCGUCGACCGGCCGCGGCGCGCGGGCGGUGUCGAUGUCGACUGCGCAGCCCGAGCUUUUCGAGACGUUGAAGCAGCCAAAUGCGGUGCCGAAAAACGCCAGGCCCGACACCGAAACAGAAGCAGACGACAGCGAGCUGCACAAGCCGUCCCUGUACGUUUACCGGCUGCGCACGGCCGCAGCAACAACGUACGUGGACAAAAACCCAAGCACCAACAUCCUGCCAAUAGCUAUACGGAAAAAUAAAGGCCAGCAUUCGCGCACUGCCUCGCGGCAAUCCUCGCUGUUUUCGUACCAGGCGGCCAUCAAGCACGGCGUGCAGCAUCCUGGGCUGCUUGCGUCGGAGAUCGAUGACGACGAGCUGCCGGACUCGAAGCUCAGCCAUUCGACCGGAAACACCAAGAUCCCGCAGGACCCAGACGCAGAGGUGCUCGAGGUCGCGGACCAGCUAAAACGGCUAACGGCGUCCGACGAGGGUCUGAGACGGAUGGCCAGCGUGCGCAGCGUCCAGCCUCCGCAGCCGCGGCUCAAGCUGUUUGUUGCCAACCCUGACGAGUAG